UAAAGUGACAGGGUCUCUUCAAACUGAAUGGGGGGGCACCUAUUUUUAUUUAUCAAUGAUUUGACUCAAAGAAGGUUGUAAUGAAUGGGCUCAGUAAGUCGGAAAUGGAACUUCUGGCUUCUGCUUCUUCUUCUACUUCUACUACUUCUACUUCCCCUGACUCUCCUCCUAACACUUUAAAAUUUGGUCAAAAAAUCUACUUUGAACAUGUUGGACCUCACCACCCCAAAUCAGCAACUGGGUCGUCUUCAUCUCCGGUCACCGGAACUCCGGCGCCGACGACGUCCAAGAAAGGAAGAGGGGGUGGUGUGGUUCAAGGUCGACAGCCAUCUAGGUGUCAAGUUGAAGGGUGUGAAGCAGAUCUGAGUGAUGUUAAGGCUUAUUAUUCAAGGCACAAAGUCUGUGCUACACAUUCUAAGUCUCCUGUGGUCAUUGUUGCUGGUCUUGAACAAAGAUUUUGUCAACAGUGUAGCAGACAACAUUAUAGGCAUGAGUUGUAGCCUGAGGCUAACAGGAAUAGAGUGGCUAGUGCUUGAUCAGUUUGCUCGCUGCAAUGAAGAGUACUCUGUGGUUUACCUUGAGUGGCUUGGUUGUUCUAUCUCAGUAUCAAAUAAAGUAACUGCAGUGCCUUUCCAAGCUGAAAUAAGGAUAUAAUAGCUCCAGUGCUAGAACUCUAAUUAUCUGGAGAACAAAAAGAAAUCCUUCUGGAUGCAAGAAGUACUCUUUCAAAGAGUCCUACAUGGAUAAGUAGCUACAUUGUCUACAUUGGCUUAAAUUCUUUUGAUAGGACAUUCAAUUUAGUGAUCCGAUUGAAGCAAUGUGGUGUCUUCUUUUUUAUGAGAAAGGUACUUGCCUUGCACGAAUUUACUUUCUGCCAUAGAUGGCAUUGAUAUUCAUUCUUACAAGAUCCAGAUUAAUCCUAGUGAGUUGAUUUUUCUUUAAAACAAAAAUGGCAGUACAUUUUUUGGUUCUUUGUUAGUUGUUGCCAUGUCUGCAUUAGCUCUUCUGACAAGGGAAAAGUUUUUCAUGUUCGUCUUCUAUUUCAAAGAUAUUUUAGCUGCUAAUUCCUGAUGCGCUUAACGUAACAACAACUUCGCCUCAGUCCCAAACAAGUGGGAUUCGACUAUAUGAAUCCUCACUUCUUUCUCUUAGCUCAAGUCAUCGUUAUACCAAAGUCCUUAUGUGCUUAACUUAUGCCUU